AUGAAACACCUUUUUUCGUUAUCGUUGGUGGGAUGCAGCCUGGUGCUGUGGUUUGUAUUGACCAUAACAACCAGUUUUGCAUCCGAAAUACAUCAGGAAGGAUAUUGUGUAAUGCGCGGUCAAUGUGGCUCAAAGAUUAGUUUUGGUAAACAGCUAAAUUGUCCCUACAACGAACCAGCAGUCGAGGUAGCGUGUAAUUCUUGUAUGCUAAAUUGCAAAGGUCUUCGGAGUUAUAAACAACUUCGUGCGUUGCUUCUCUCUCUACCUGACGAAGACUUGAGGUCAAAACUUGUUGAAAUUUGUGGAGCUCAAUUUGAAAACUCAAAAACAUGUUGUGAUGCAGGUCAACUGGAAGAUCUGGAAGUCAACAUAAAACAAGUCGAGACGUUAAUUGGUUCAUGUCCCGCUUGCUGGAAGAACUUUCUUUAUUUUUUUUGCACCUUCACAUGCUCACCAAAUCAAUCAACUUUUGUAAAUGUGACGUCUACUGGAAUUUCAAAAGAUAGUAUGACUAUUGUUACAAGCGUGGAUUUCUUUGUCGGCGAAGAUCAAGGAAGGGGUUUUUACGAUUCUUGCAAAGACAUCAAAUUUACUGCGACAAAUGGGUAUGUAAUGGACUUUAUUGGUGGUGGCGCCAAAAAUUAUCAUGAUAUGUUAAUCUACCUGGGAACGGAACGACCAAUGGGAUCUCCAUUUCAGAUUGAUUUUCCACUAGUCGAUCCUUCAGGCGCAAUGACCCCUUACAAUGAUCCAGCAAAACAAUGUAAUGACACAGAUAUCAACUAUCGAUGUUCUUGUGUUGAUUGUGAAUCAGUGUGCCCUAUUCUCGAUCCGACCCCAGAUGAAUAUCCGUCAUGCCAUGUGGGCUCACUGGAUUGCUGGUCAUUUGGAAUAGUCAUGAUUAGCAGUGUCAUACUCAUCUUGGUCAUAAUCAAGUUUUGGUAUGGUAGAUCGCAAAAAUUAGAUAAUUCCGGAUUUGUACGAGUCCCUGUUUCGGAAGCCGAAGCCGAAGCCGAACUUUUGAAUUCAGGAAAUUCGCGACAUUACUUGCUCAAUGCCAUUCUUCAGGAGUACUUUUAUCAGCAAGGAUACAUUUGUGCGAGGUACCCUUGGAAAACUAUAUUUUUGGCAUUCCUCUUCGUGUCUCUAGCAUCCACGGGUUGGUUAUUCUUUGCGGUGGAAACCGAUCCUGUUCGUCUCUGGGUCGCACCAAAUUCGGAUGCGGCAACGCAGAAGGAAUUUUUUGAUAAAAGCUUUGGUCCGUUUUAUCGAACCCAGCAAAUAUUUAUUACUAAUAGGGACCCAACGCAAAGUGUUGUGUCCUACGAGAAUCUCAAAAGUCUAUUCAUAAUGGAACAGCAAAUUCGAAAACUUGAAUCUUAUCCAGACCAUCUUACUCUGCAAGAUCUAUGUUUUCAUCCGAAUGGGGACGCAUGUAUAGUGCAGUCGGUUGCCGGUUAUUGGCAAUCCCAGGUUGAGAAACUCAAGCCUGAUACAUGGCAAGAUGAAUUCGAAAUGUGCACAAAUACUCCGUCGUAUUGUUUGCCAGACUUUCAACAACCACUGAAACCUGACAUGAUUCUUGGUGGUUUCGAUGACAAGAAUUAUAUAUCAGCAAAGGCUUUUGUGCUCACGUUUGUUUUGAAUAAUUAUGUGAACGAAAGAAGGAUUGGCAUGGCCGAGGAAUGGGAGAAAUCGUUAAGAGAAUACUUGGAAGAUGUCAUUGAGGGAAAAAAUAAUGACAUAAAUAUGACGCAGCUGAGAAUAAGUUUUUCCACAGAGAGUUCUCUAGAGAUCGAGCUGAAUAAAUCUACCAACACAGACAUUCUAACCAUAGCCAUUUCGUAUAUCGUGAUGUUUCUCUACGCAUCUUUUGCUUUGGGUAACACGACAACAUUUCCACGCACGAUCAUUGACUCAAAGUUCAUGCUAGGAAUUAGUGGAAUAGUCAUUGUCUUGGCAUCGGUUUCAACCUCUGUAGGAAUAUUCUCAUUUUUAAAGAUAAAGGUCACCUUGAUUAUUGCGGAAGUCAUACCAUUCCUGGUGCUCGCAGUGGGAGUUGAUAAUAUAUUUAUUCUUAACCACGAAUUCGAGAGGUUAACAUUGAAAUCACUUGGUAGAGAGUCGGUGGAAGAAC